CGAAGACGAGUUCUGGUCUUGAAUGAGACUCUAAAUGGACUGUUUACAAUGAUGUCGGCGUGACAAUGGUGACUGUCGCGGAGCUGCUGAGUCUGGUGCUGGUGUCGGUGUUGUGGGGCUGCACCAACCCCUUCCUGAAGAGAGGCACAGAGGGGAUGGAGGACGUGAGGAAACCCAGCAGACUCGCGCAGAUCCUGGCCGACGUUAAGUUUCUCUUCCUUAACAUCAAGUACCUGGUCCCUUUCCUUCUCAACCAGAGCGGCUCUUUGGUUUACUACUACACACUGUCGACCACCGAACUGUCCCUUGCUGUUCCUGUGGCCAACUCUCUCACGUUCCUCUUCACUAUGCUGACUGGCAAGUUACUGGGUGAAGAGUUUGGAGGCAUAAAGGCUGUCGUGGGAAUGUUCCUCACCAUGGCUGGCAUCACUCUGUGUGUUAUAAGCUCCAUGGACGACAGAAACAUCUGAGGGACAGAAAAUGGCCCAGCCUGUGCUCCAAUGGACAUCAGAGUUAAAGCAAAUUGUUCUGGACUGUCAAUGGAUUCCUCACCAGGGUAGGAAAGGAGACCAAAGCUGGAGCUUGAGUAGGGCUGAAGGGGGCAAUUUAGAUUCAAGCAGCGACUCCUGAGAGCAACAAUUCUGAGAAGUUUACCCAGAUUAACUCAGCUCGAGCUUUAAAAACCCUGUCUCUGAAAAAGAAGUUGAAGGGGGUUGUGGGUUCGUGCAAGGUUCAGGCUAUGGACUUGGACUAGAUUUACGGUGGCCACAGAGAAGCCAGUGGUUGUUAACUUUUUUUGGGGGGCUCUGCUAGCCUCCAUGUGACUGGAAUUUGCACAGAUACUAUAGAGACAACAUACAAUUGAAGUCAGGGGUUUGGAGUGGACCAAUCAGAUGUCUCUUUCUGGUCUCAAAGAGAUGUUUUGUGAGCAGCUGCUUUAUGUCUGCUGAAGCCUGUGAAACAAAGCCAAAUGCAGAAGCAGUUUUUUUUUUUUUUUUUUGUAAAAAUUAAGAAUAAGGCUGUUUUUCCAUAUAUUAAUAAACACAUAUCGUGCUGCUGUAGAUGUUUCAGAUUGAGUUUAGGGAACCAGAGACGCCCACCAGUGUUCAGUCUUGUCUAAAAUGGUACAAAGAUAAAAGACUGGCCAGAUACAUGGUAAGCUGUGUUUUUAUUGUGACUGGAUUUGAUUACAGGAACCUGUACAGAUGCCUUUGACAAUGUUUUAAUCUGUCCCUGUGUUGUUGCUCAUAUUUAAGUAAUAAAUUGUUGGCUAAGCAA